AUGGGUGUUGCGGAAGACGUAUUGGUGAACAUAAAAGGAUUGGUGUUUCCGAUUGACUUUUAUGUCCUUGAAAUGCCAUCAAGUGAAACCGAGAGAGCAUCAUCUAUUCUCCUUGAAAGACCAUUUUUGAGAACUUCUAGAUUCAAGCUAGAUGCCUACUCGGGGACCUACUCUUUUGAAAUAGAUGGAAGAGUUGUGAGUUUUAGCCUAGAAGAAGCAAUGAAGCAUCCACCGGAGAAUCACUCUCUAUUCCGGUGUGACCCAAUUGAUAACAUGGUUGCCGAAGUGCACCUUGCAAAGUUAAAUGAGAAGUACAUGGUUGAAGAAGCAAAUGGAAGCUCAAGCGAACUAAACACCACACACCAUACAAACCAUCCGGAAACUCAAACUUCAAAGAAGGACCAAAAGAUGGAAUUGAAGCCACUACCACCUCACUUAAGAAUAGACGGCCUCAUGAGAAAAUAUGGCAUCAUCCACAAAGUCGCCACGGCUUACCACCCUCAGACAAACGGCCAAGCCGAAGUCUCUAACCGGGAAAUCAAGCAUGUGUUGGAAAGAAUUGUAAAGCCGAAUAGGAAAGAUUGGAGCAUCAAACUCGCCGAUGCACUAUGGGCCUAUCGAACGGCUUACAAGACACCCAUUGGUAUGAGCCCCUUCCGGCUUGUAUAUGGUAAAGCAUGUCACUUACCGGUGGAGAUUAAACACAAAGCCUAUUGGGCCGUAAAGGAAUGCAAUAUGAACUUGAGUGGGGCCGGAAUAGAGAGAAAGCUUCAAUUGGCGGAAUUGGAAUGUUUGAGAUUAGAAGCCUACGACAACUCUAGGCUUUACAAGGAAAAGUUGAAAGCCAUCCAUGACAAGAACAUUAGGAGAAGAGAGUUCCAACCCGGUGACCUAGUUCUCCUCUACAAUUCAAGGUUGAGAUUACUACCCGAAAAGCUAAGAUCAAGGUGGGAUGGACCUUACCAAGUGGAGAAGGUGGAACCUUAUGGGGUCUACCACUUGCGCCACCCAACAAGCCCGGACAUCUUCAAGUUACAUGUUGCAGCUGUCAUGUGA